AUGGGGACAUCACCGCCCGACUCAGCUCGCUUCUCGUGUCUAUCCUGUCCGUCGGAACGUUUUUUGGCGCACUACGUCGCCGACAAGUUUGGUAGACGGUUCGGCAUCAUCAUUUCAUCCGGAGUAUUCCUCGUAGGCGUCGGCCUUCAGACCGCCAGCCACAGCCUCGCCCUAAUGGUACCCGGCCGUGUCGUCGCUGGAUUCGGCAUCGGUCUCCUCUCCGACAUGGUUCCGCUCUACCAGGCCGAGGCAGCGCCGAAGCACCUGCGCGGCGCCCUCGUCUUUUGUUACCAGCUCGCCAUCACCAUCGGCAUUCUCUGCGCCCAAUGCGUCAACCAGGGCGUUAAGAAUCUGGCGGGUCGCGAGGCCUACCGCAUCCCGAUCGCCAUCCAGGGCCGAGAUGCACACGAGAUGCAGGAGGCGCUCCACACCGACGCCCAGCUCGGUCAAGCAACGUGGUCAGACUGCUUCAACGGCACAAGCAACCGACGGACGCAGGUCGGCAUUUGGUUGCAGAUGUUCCAGCAGCUGACCGGUGUCAACGCUGUGUUCUACUUUGGAACCGGGUUUUUCAAACAGGCUGGGAUCAAAGAGGCUUUCAGCGGCUCCACCGUUACUGGAGUCGUGAACGUCCUCUCCACCCUUCCCGCCCUUUACCUCAUGGAGAAGAUGGGCCGACGAAAGCUUCUGCUUAUGGGCUCCGCCAUCAUGCUGGUAGCUCAGGUCUUGGUCGCUUCAACAGGUGAAAUUCUGGAUUCCAACUCCACAGCUGGAAUCGUGAUGAUCGUGUUCACGUGCAUGUUCAUCUUCGGAUUCGCGUCGUCGUGGGGGCCCGGGGCGUGGGUGGUCAGCACGGAAAUUUUCCCGCUCCGCAUCAGAUCCAAGGGAGUCGCCCUCGCCACCGCUUCCAACUGGUUCUGGAAUUUCCUUCUCGGUUUUGUUACUCCGUACCUCCUCAAGCCCGAUCAGGCCAACCUGGGCCCAAAAAUCGACUUCCUCUGGGCGGCGUUUAUCCUCGCAGGGAUGGCCUUUGUCUACUUUUGUGUUCCCGAAACCAAGGGUAAGCCCGCGGGCGCAAUCCUUUUUGUGUGCAUGAAGGAUAACAAUCCGUUGACACCUUCCCUUUGCGUUCCCGGCCUCGCUCUCGAGGACGUCGACGACAUGUUCGAUUCCGGAAUCCCUGCCCACCGGAGCGCGACGUUCGUCCCGCGCGUUAAGGACGAAAACCACGGAGUGGAGGCCAUGAAAUCCUCGUCAGGAAAGGCGGCGGACUCUAAUGUGCCGCUGGAGUCAAAUUUUUCUCACCAGACCAUAGCCGUUUAG